GAACAUUCAAAGUUUAAAUCAACGUAUAUAUCUCCUUUCAUUCAAUGGCAAGCUAGCUUUCAAACACUCAUGGCAUCCAUUUCUCCUCCUCCUUCUUUUACACCCAAGAUUCCUCAACAAAUCCACGACGUUUUCCUCAGCUUCAGAGGCGAGGACACUCGCUAUACUUUCACAAGCCACCUUUAUGCCGCGUUAACCAGACUUCAAAUCAAAACUUACAUCGACAAUGAGCUCGAAAGAGGUGAUGAAAUAUCACCUUCACUUCUCAAGGCAAUCGAUGAUGCAAAAUUAUCCGUAAUUAUCUUUUCGGAAAAUUAUGCUUCUUCUAGAUGGUGUUUGGAGGAGCUUGUGAAAAUCUUGGAAUGUAAGAAAAAUAAUGGGCAAAUUUUAGUUCCUAUUUUCUACCAUGUUAACCCAACAAAUGUAAGGAAUCGAACGGGUAGCUAUGCACUUGCUUUGGCGGAGCAUGAAAAACGUAGGGACAAGAAUAAGGUUCAAACAUGGCGGCUAGCUUUGAAAGAAGCUGCCAAUUUCUCUGGCUGGGAUUGCUUGGGCACAAGGAACGAGUCUGAACUAGUAGAACAAAUUGCAAUGGACAUAUUACAAAAGCUUGACACUAUAACAAGUGGAGGAUUAGAAAGACGAAUCAACACAUACAAUCAAAAUGCACAGCAAAAGCUUGAGAAAUCCCUUAGGACAGGUAAUCUUGCUGACAUGUUAGAAUUGAUCACAACAUUGUACCAACUUGCUGAACUAAAAUUGGAGAAAGCCACAAAAUCAAAUGACUCAAGUGAUUGGGAUGAUGUUUUAGCUACAUAUGAACGUAUCAAGCAACUUAAACAAGACAAGUGGAUGCGUAAAUUUUUCUCAAAAAAAAAUAAAAUAAAAAAAAAGUGGAUGCGUAAGUUGAAUGCACAAGAUUUGGAGGAAUUAAAGGCUGCAAGGAACCAUGUAUUGCAUAUUCAGAGGGAGCAAGGAACAAUGUAUUGCAUAUUCAGAGGGAGCAAUUCAAUAGUAAAAUGGGUUUCCGUGGUAUAUAGAGCAAUUCAUCAUGAACAAGUGCCAUCUUUCUAAAAUUUUAAUUUGAAUUGUUUUAAUGCUUUAAAUACCAUGUUGAAAGAUAAGCAUCAUUGUAUUAAUAUUGUUAUUCAGUUGGGUGCUUCUAUGAUACAUUGGAAAAUUAAAGAGUUGGACUAUAAUUGUUUUUAGAUUCUUAUGUACCUAAAGAGUUGGAUUUAGUUUGGGAGAGCUUUGGUUUACUCCCUAUCAAAAAAACUUUUGAUUCUAACUUUGUAAUGUGAAGAUUAUUUGAUUUUUGA